AUGUCUAUUUGUGUCACUGCCACGCCGCGGCAGUUCUUGGAGGAUGUGCUUUUUGGCGCCAAUAACGAGGUGAUCUCGAUCAAAAACAAGGACUCUUCGCCGCUGGCGAGAGUGAUGAGGGGAAUGAUUUUAAGCUCCAUCAAUGGUGCUCCCGUGGGAAGAGCGGAUGAUGAGCAGAGGAACAGGCGUAACAUGGGAGGCGAAUUGUUGCUUCUAUUUGUUCCAGGAGCAUCUGAGGAGCCGGACGAAUUUGAUCUCAACUCCGGCGACGAUGAAGAUAGCAGCUUCCACCAGCAGAAGGUUUCUAUUGGAGUAGCCAACCAUGAGGACGUAUCAACAUUUCCAAGGAGUACAGAUGUGCUUUUAGACGCCGCGGAAAAGGCUGGACCUGGUAAGUGCAUCAUCAUUAUGAGCGAAGGGGUGAAUCCCGGGUAUGCUAUUGGGGUCAGCGCCGAACGUGCAUCGUGCACGGUCCUGUAUAUUAAUGCUGUUGCUCGUCUAAAGACGCGGCAGAGUCUUGCUCAGACCGCUGAAAUCUUUACAAAGUCUCUGCAGAAGGGCCUUUGGAUUUACAUUGAGCAGGCAACAAAGUCGAUAUCUCUCUUGAGGAAAUUAGCGGAGUGCAUCACGGAGGCUCAAUUGGAGGGUACCAUUCACAGUAAGGCGCGCGUUUUUCUUAUGUGUGAGCCUCAUCCACACUUCCCUGAGGCCCUACUUAAAGGGAGCGUGACAUUGCGCAGUACUCUGCGUUGUGAUGAUGGAGAGGUGUACCUUGACAAUGAUUUGCUUGAAAGUCGAGUGGGAAACUCGGUGGUGAGGGGUGCGGCACAACCUGCUGUGGAUGCGAUGCCAGAUAUCAAGGGAGGACGACGGCGCGUUAAAAUUUCUCACGAGGUAAGCAUUGUUCCUUUGGAAAAAAACACAUUUCUGGAGUUAAGUCAGAGCGCCAAUCCUGCGUUGGAGCGAGAAACCGCAACUGGUGAGGGUAUUACUCGUUUUGCGAAGUAUAUUUUUAGCGCAAAUGAAAAGUUUAUUUCUCUUUGCAAAGUUAAGGAAGGACGCUACGCUGUAGGUACAACGGGAGGAUACGUUUUGAUUUUGGAUGUCGAUGGCCUUCCUCUCAUUCAGUUUCGACCGCAUAAGGCAUGUGUAUGGGAUGUUGCCUUCGCCUCCCCCUAUGAUUUUGCUACAGCCUGCGAGGAUUGGACCAGCUCCAUUUUUAAUUAUUCCUUGGCCGGUCAGGAGGUCUCAGCGACGUCUGUGCUCUCACUUCAUGGUGAUGUAUUUGCGGUGACGUAUGCCAACCCGGAGGAUCCUCAAAGCGCCGUGUUAUCUGGAGGACUACCUGCUAGCGUCUAUGUGUUGCAUUCGGAUCGUCAGACAAGUUCUCUGAUUCCCGUAGGGGUCUCUACACAAGCCAUGCGUUCUACUCAACGGGGUUAUGCGCUUAUUGGGGGUGGCAAUGGUGCCUGUUCCUUGAUCGAUCCCGUGAGCUGCAGUGUACUUGAAACAACAACUCGCCACCAGAGGAAGGUUCCAGCCGUGGCCAGUUUUGGAUCCAUGGCUGUAACUGGAGGGUUUGACAAAAUGCUUCGAGUAUGGGAUGUGCGAAGUAGCCUUCGUAUGGUAAACGAGAGGGCUAUGGCAGAGGUUAUUACCGCUGUUUCUAUAUCUGACAGGUACGUGGCGGCAUGCAGUGGAUCUGAUCUUAUUGUAUGGGAUUUGCGAAGGCUUGGAACCCCCUUGGCCACCAAACAGCGAGCAUGGAAAGAUCUCACGCGUGGGCUUAUUAUUGACGAGGACGUUGUCAUCACUGCGUCUGCUGACGGGGUGGCACGGUUCUGGUCUGUUGGAGCGAUGGGUAACGUGUGA